AUGCCGCUCACCAAGCAAGCUCCAACGCGUCAGGCAAUUACACUCAAAGGUUCUACUAAUCUAGUCACCGAGUUUUUCAAAUUUGCCGCCAACACAAUAUUGUUCCAGAGAGGAGUGUAUCCUGCGGAUGAUUUUCAUAUGGUAAAGAAGUAUGGUCAAACCGUGCUUGUUACUCAGGACCUUGCCCUAGAGAAUUACUUGGACAAGAUCCUCAAGCAAGUCAAUACAUGGCUCCUUACUGGUUCUGUGACGCAGCUCGUCCUUGCGAUCAUCUCGAAGGACUCUAGGACAACACUAGAGCGUUGGGUAUUUGACGUCAAUCUGAUUGAGCCCCCCGCAGAUUCAUCUGAGCCAGCACCUGCCAAACCCGAGGCGGAAAUUCAGGCAGAGAUACGCAACAUUCUUAAACAGAUCGUAUCAACUGUCACUUUUCUUCCGGUCAUAGAUCAGCCGACUGUGUUCAAUAUCCUUGCAUACACGUCUGAAUCUGCAGACAUUCCCGCAGACGAGUGGGUGGAUACAGAUCCGUUGGCGAUAGAGGCAAGUAAGAGCCAGCAGGUGAAACUGAGGAGUUUCAGCACCGAUGUGCAUCGAAUCGAGGCGAUGGUUGCCUACAGAUAUGAAGGAUAG